GGAAGCAACACUUUUUGGGGAAGCAAACUAGCCUGAAGGCAGAGGCAGAGGCAGAGGCAGAGGCAGGCAGGCUGCAGUGCAGUGUCCCAGCUCGCGAUUGGGCACUCGCAAGACCUGCCAAGAAAAGCGUAGCCCAUGCGCCGCCGUGCGUAGGUUCCAGAGACAUCUCACGUCUGAGGCAGCGCGACGUCAGGCUUCUUUACCCGGCGCAGGCGAAACGCGCCUAUUUAACGGUGCGCGGUGCGCCCGCUUCAACCCCUGCCCCCUCUCCCUGGCUCCUGUGCUCCCCAUUUCCAGUUUUCCACCCGACGAGAGGCAAAAGCCUCGCGCCCCACGCCGGUCCGGCGGCGACCCCCGCCGUUUCCCGCAGCGACCAAGACGCGGGCUGUGGUCGCCUCCGCCCCGUGCCUACCCGGCCGCGGGCGUAGCAGCCUCCUGGACCGCAGCGCCCUCCCCCCUCCUUUCUCCCGAGCGACUUCUGAUCCAGCCGCGUCGCAACAACUGGUCGUUCGAGUCUGAUCUCCGCCACCGCGGCGGAACGAGGCGUCUCCGGUCCCCGAGGCGAUUCGGUGAAUUCGAAGCUCGUACGACGGGAUCCUGUUGAGUUUUGACAAUGCGGGGCUACGGGUACGAGACCAAUGGUAACCACCAGGAAGUGGAAGAUGAGUACGGAGAUGAGUACUAUGAUCAAGAUGAGUAUGAUGAGGAAGGUUCGGGUGCUGGGGAUGAGUAUUUUGAGGAGGAAGAGCCUACAGAGGGACAAAAGGAGAUCCUAGAAUUGAGAGAACGAUUAAAAGAGCAGAUUAGGCGAAAGGCAAAGGCUGCUGCUUCCUGCACAGCUGGCAGAUCGUCUUCUUUACAAAUACCUCAAGCCAGGGACAAAUUUGGCUCUUUCUUUGGGCCAUCCAAGCCGGUGAUUUCUCGUCGAGUGAUUGAAGAAAGAAAAUCAUUGAAAGAACUGCAUAGCACAGUUGCAAGGGAGCCAAGGCCUUCGGGAGUACAUAAGGACAUUCCGUCGUCCUCUAAAGUGCAAAGUAAAGUAAAUGGACAUCAGCAUAAACAGAAAAUUGUUAAUCAGGUAAAGAAGAAGGCCGAGGCACUUAAGGAUAACCGGGAUUAUUCAUUUCUACUCUCGGAUGAUGCUGACCUGUCAUCCUCUCCAAAGGAGAAGCCUGCUGCUAGAUCUUCCUUGACUCAAAGGGCUGAUCGUGAGGUGAUGCGAACAACAGUGAAGAGCAAGGCACCAACAAGUCAACCUGCACGGGUGUCAAAUGGAUAUGGAUCUAAGAACAAAAUGUCAACUCAAAGGCAUGCCGAAGGUAGGGUAGAUACCAUGAGAAAGGAGGCUUUCUUGAACAGAGAAAGGGUUGUCUCACGUGACAAUGAAAGGAUGCAUGAAAGGGUUGUUUCACGUGGCAAUGAGAGGAUGCAUGGUAGUGCAAUAAAUGGGUCCAACCAGGCAAGUACUAGCAAAACCACAAUCCAAAAGCUUACAAGCAGAGGUUCCAUUGCUAAUAAGCAAGCUUCCACGGAUCUGAAUGAUGCUGCUCUGAGGAAGAGCAGUGUAGCCCCAAAGCACCAUUUCUCAGAGGUUGACAGAUCAAAAUCCUUGCAAAGCCAGAAGAUGCAGUCAGCUGGUCAGAGACUGCAGCAUUCUUCCCAUGGUCAGAGGCCACAUCAAUCCAUGCAGCAUAGGCCGCAGCAGUCAUUGCAGAGUCGGAGGCCACAGCAAAUGACUCAGGAUCAGAAGCCACAACAGUCUUUGCAGAGUCAAAGGACUCAACAGUCCUUGCAGAAUAAAAGGCAACAGCAGUCCUCACAUAUUCAGAAAUUGCAGUCCUCACAUACUCAGAAAUCGCAGUCCUCACAAGCACACAGACCACAGUCGCUAAGUAACAGGUCCCAGGAGUUACGAGGACAAAGGCCUCUUUCUUCACAGGGACAAUACUUGGAGCAAAGAAGAGUACAGGCAAAUGAUAGAGUCAAACAAGCUGAAAGGCACAUUCGGCCUCCCUCGAAGUCCAUGCCAUCUCGACCAGUCUCCUCUAAUGGAAUUCGCGAUGAUCAUGCAAAGAGAAAGCAAGUGGUAAAAAGAAGAUUUGAUGACGACGACGAUGAGGACGACCCCUUGGCAAUGAUCAGAAAUAUGUUCGGGUAUGAUCCUAGUAGAUAUGCAGGGAGAGAUGAGGAUGUCAGUGACAUGGAAGCAGAUUUUGCUACUAUAGAAAUGGAAGAGAAAAGAAGUGCGAGGAUAGCUAGGCAGGAGGACGAAGAGCAACUUCGCUUGAUUGAGGAAGAAGAGAGACGCGAGCAGGAGAGGAAGAGGCGAAAGAUGGCACGAGGCCGAUAGUCCAACACGCGUCAUAUUUGGGUGUUAUAAUUGCACAGACCUGAUUGCCUGAAGACGAGGCCCAUGGUCGAUCAUACGGGCGCGUUGCAGACAACAGGAAAACUUGCCACGUGGAUUAUAUGGCGGCAAAUCAAGGAAAACGGCAGGUGGGCAACGCUGGGCACCUGUAACAAGCAGAAUGUUAGGCGCAGUGGUUUAGUUGACGAAGCUGACAUAGACCCAUAUAUAAGCUCUCAUCAGAUUGUUUGGAUCACACAAGGCUCCCAACGUUGCAGCGCUUCAUCAGAUUAUUCUAAAUUCUAGCCACAUGCUGAUUCUUUCUGUUAAGCCUAUAUAAGGAUGCCUAAUCCAAGUAGCUCCUUUGUUCAUUUUUGUUUGGGUGUAGUGUUGUACUCCCUCCAUUUUUUUUAUCUGACGGUUGUUAGUUUAAAUUUGAACUGUCCGGCGCCAAAUAAAAAAAUAGAGGUAGCAACAAACAAUGUGUUUGAUUUUUUUGGUACAAUUUUGACCUUCGUCAGACGAUCACUGCACAGCAGAUUUCGAGUUUCUAUGCCUGUGAUCACAUGAAGUCUAUUCCGCUCGCAA